GCCCCGUCCCGCCCCCGGGCGGCGCGGCCCUAAAGGGCGGCGGGCGGCGCCGGCAGCGGCCUGGCGGGCGAUGCGGCGGCGGUGGGCGCGGGGCGGCGGCGGGCGGCGGUGGCCCGCGGCGCUGCUGCUGCUGGCGCUGGCGCUGCCCGCGGCGCGGCCGCGCGGGCUCUACUCGCCCCGCGACCCGCUGGAGCUGCUGGGGGCCGGCACGGCGGAGCGGCGCCUGCUGCGCUCGCCCAGCGCCUGGGCCGUGGAGUUCUUCGCCUCCUGGUGCGGCCACUGCGUCCACUUCGCGCCCACAUGGCGGGCCCUGGCCGCCGACCUCCGCGAGUGGAGGCCCGCCGUGAUGAUCGCUGCCCUCGACUGCGCCGACGAGGCUAACCAGCAGGUGUGCGCGGACUUCGGGAUAACCGGCUUCCCCACGCUGAAGUUUUUCAGAGCUUUUUCCAAGAAGGCGGAAGAUGGGAUCAGGAUUGCUAAUCCCAGCAGCACCGUCCAGGACCUGAGGCACAGCAUCAUCACCCACCUGGAGCAGAGCCAGGAUGCCUGGCCGCCCGCCUGUCCUCCGCUGGAGCCGGCGAGCGCGGAGGAGGUCCGCGGCUUCUUCCAGAGAAACAACGUCAAGUACCUGGCGCUGAUCUUUGAGAAGAGCGACUCCUUUGUGGGCCGAGAGGUGACGCUGGACAUGCUGCAGUACGAGAACAUCGCCGUGAGGAGGGUGCUGAGCAGCGAGGAGGAGCUGGUGAAGAAGUUUGGCGUGACCACCUUCCCUUCUGGCUACCUGCUCCUUAGCAAUGGGUCCUUCUCCCGCCUGCCCGUGCACAUGGAGGCACGCUCCUUCUACACCUACUACUUGAGGACGCUCUCUGGCGUGACCCGAGGCUCUUACAAGCUGAACGUGACUUCCAGCACUUCCAAUGUGACCACCGCAUCCCAGCCGAAGCACGCUGACCACUCCAAGGUGUACAUGGCCGACCUGGAGUCUGCGCUUCACUACUCACUGCGGGUGGAGGUCCCCCGGGCCGCUGUGCUGUCGGGGGCCACGCUGUCAGCCUUGAAGUGCUACGUGGCGCUGCUGGCGAAGUACUUCCCCGGGCGCCCCUUCGUCCAGACCUACCUGCAGUCUCUGGACGGCUGGCUGAGGAACUGGACGGAGCCGAAGCUGCCUCGGGACGUCUGGAAGGAGGCCGCGAAGAAUAAGGGAGACGCCUCCCAGCCCGCCGUGCUGCCCGCCAACGUGACCUGGGUGGGCUGCCAGGGCAGCGAGCCCCACUUCCGCGGCUACCCCUGCUCCCUCUGGACCCUCUUCCACCUGCUGACGCUGCAGGCCCUCCGGGGCGGGCCGGACAAAGAGCUGCCGCUGGAGGUCCUGAGCACCAUGCGCUGCUACGUCAAGAGCUUCUUCGGCUGCCGGGAGUGCGCCCAGCACUUCGAGGCCAUGGCCGCCGAGUCCAUGGACAAGGUGCAGGGCCGGGAGGAGGCGGCCCUCUGGCUCUGGUCGCACCACAACGAGGUGAACGCUCGGCUGGCCGGUAGCGACACAGAGGACCCCAAGUUCCCCAAGCUGCAGUGGCCGCCGCCGGACAUGUGUCCCCUGUGCCACAAGGAGGACGGCGGGGUGCACGCGUGGGACACGCCAGCCGUGCUGCUCUUCCUCAAGGCCCACUUCUCCCCGGCCAACAUCUACCCGGACUACACCGAGUCCGGCACGGACCUCCUGGCCAGGGAGAGCCGGGAGCCGAGAGCGGCAGCGGGCACGAGGCUCAGCACCGACAGGCCGGUGGAGAGAGACAGAGAGGUGGAGAGGGAAAAGGAGGAGGAGGAGGAGGAGGAGGAGGAGGAGGAAGAAAGAGAGGCGGAGAAGCUGAACGAGGAGGGCACGGAGGGGGAGGCAGGAGCUCCGGAGCGGCUGGGCUCCUCUGAGCUGCGCCGGCCAAGCAUCGUGCGGAUGAACCCCAAGCCGCGGGAGACGGAGGAGGACAUCGUGGACCUGGACUCCUUCAGCGAGCAGCACUUCAAGAGCAAGGCGCUGAGGGCCGCGGCGGCCGGCCGGCGCCGGCGGCUCAGCAAGAGGGACACCAUCCCCCUGCGCCUGGCGGCCGGCGGCCCCCCAGACUUCGACUACACGGCGGGCUGGGAGCGCCCGCACAAGCGGGGCCUGGGCUCGUGGCGCCGCGGGGGCGGCCCGGCCGAGGAAGAGGAGGCCGGGGACGGCCUGCGAAGGAGCCAGUGGUUCCGCGUGCUGGGUCUCGGCUUCUCUCGCGUGGACAUCAGCCUGUGCAUCGUGCUCUACUUCCUCUCCUCCAUGUGCCUCCUGGGCAUGUACACCUUCUUCCGCCUCCGCACGCGCUCCCGGAAAGGCCGCCCAGGCUUCCCCAUGGCCUGAGCGGGGCCGAGGGGCCCCGGGUCUGGCCAGUGGUGGGACAGCAUCGGGGCCGGAUUCGUAGCAGAAGGGGUUUGCUGCCUCCUCGCCAGCAGCCGGCCCGCAGGAGGGCUCGUUCGGGGGCAGAAGGAGGUGUUACGCAGCACCGCCUCGGCUUGGCGCGCUGCGUUUUGGGGCGCCCGGCUGAGCGUGGGAGCUGCAGCGCGACGGCGGCGGGGGUCUCCGCGCUGCCCUGGAGCUGCCCGCCUGCAGAGAGGCCCUUGGGAUUAAACCACUAGCGGCGGCGGGUGGCGGGAGGGAGCCCCGUGCAGCAAGCGUGCUCUGCACCCCAGGUGCCAAACCUCGCAGAAACGCCCUGGGGCUGGGUCGGGGUUUAUCCCCGGUGCCGCUUUGUUCCCCCCCCGGGCUGCGCCGGGGGCCGGGCUGCUGCCGCCUGCCCCCGCGAGGCAGCUCCCUCGCCCCCGGCGGGGGAAAGUCCUCGGUUUUGGCUGCCAUCAGACGCCCAUUUUAAUUUUGCGUUCCCCCCUCCUCGGCGCAGCGACGGUACCCAGCAGCACCGAGGGCAGCGCCCGGCUCGCCCGCCCUCCCGCGCAGUCGCUCGCUCCCAGCUCGUGUUAGCGGAAUAAAUUAUUUUUGCCAACGUC